AAACUCAUCUGCAUAUACCUACCUACACUGCCACCGUGAGGCAUAGCCGCAUAGGUAACUGGUCAAGGCAAAGGUCGUUCGGGGGAAUGCGAAGAUGCACCCAGGAAUGAUUUCUUGUAGGAUAUUGACAUCCUAAGCCUAAGGGAAUGAAAGCAAAAGUAGAUUACAAUUAAUCAUUUAGCCCUCGGUACACAAAAACCUUUAAUAUAAGAAUCGGGCCAUCUGGGAGAGAAAUAAUUAUAAUAAAAUCCAGUGUUGAUGGAAAUUAUUAUAGUAUGUACUAUUAUAAACCAAAAGUAACCGAGGUAUUUCAUAGAAUUUGGGGAACUACCCAUAUAGUAUCUAUACUUAAUUGCAAAUAGUUGCACAAUAUUAAAUUAAGAAAUGGUAGUGAUCCCCACCUAUCUUAUCAUCUCUCAAUUUCCUUCCUUAUAUAAACGAAUACAAAUCUGUACCCUUGCAAGUAUACUUUUAGGUGCAGCGUGAAACAACAGUAAACAUUAUGGAAAAGUUAUAUCGGAACCAUGGACCCUGGGAAUUUGAGAUAUCGAAUAUUGCAAAUUUACCGGAUCACACCAAUUUGCACGAAUUACAGACGAUAGGGGAACUCGGUCAAAAUAGCAGUUCAAGGACUGAAGAGCUUCGAACUAUACAGCUACCUUUUUGUGUAGUAAACGAAGAAGUCGCACAAAAGUAUUGGGCUUCCGUCACUGACUCUUUAUCGCAGCCUAUACGUUCCAGCCAAGAACUACAAGCUGCCAUAAAAAGUUACAAUAAGAGAGUGAAAGAAUUUACAGCGCUUCAUCAUUUUUUACAGGUUUUAGGUCAAAGUGAACAGGAAAUCUUCUUCACGGAUCUUCUUCCAAAAAUAAUUAAAUUGGCGCUAAGACUACCAGAAUUGAUACCUACAGACAUACCGAUUUUAAGUAUAGGAUCUUGUAAAUCGCUUAGCAUCAGCCAGCUGCAAGUAUCAUCUUUGCUAGCAAAUGCCUUUCUGUGCACUUUUUGGAGUGCCAGAGCUUGUCCUGACAUUAAUUUUGAUAAAUUAUUUAAUUCCCACGACAGACCCAAACGCGAAAAGUGCGUUUUGGAAAAAAUCAAAUCGUUAUGUCAUUACUUCGAAAGGGUUACUUAUAAAGAACCUGUCAGCGUUAUUACUUUCGAAAGACGGCACUUUGCAAAUGAAGAGCUGCCUCAAUGGCACAAUUUGAAUAACACUUUGAACCAGAGAGAAAUCCACAUAACUUCGGACGGUCUCAUUGAAAGUAAUUCGGAUGGUUUUUUGCAAGUGGAUUUUGCCAACAAGAAUGUCGGUGGUGGUGUUUUAGCUUACGGUUGCGUCCAAGAAGAAAUUCGAUUCAUAAUCUGUCCAGAACUUAUUGUAAGUCGACUAUUUACCGAACAGUUGGGUUCAACGGAAGCAUUGAUUAUUACCGGAGUGGAACGUUUCAGUGAUUACAGUGGAUAUGGGGACACUUACACUUGGACAGGUGAUUAUCAAGACACGACACCACUAGACGCAUAUGGUCGUAGACGUACAAGUAUUGUGGCAAUUGACGCAAUUCGAUUUACAAAACCCUCGGAACAGUACAAACCAACUAACAUGCUGCGAGAAUUAAAUAAGGCGUAUGCUGGUUUCUAUACAGUUCUAAAACAACCACCGCCAGUUGCAACGGGCAACUGGGGAUGCGGUGCUUACAAGGGGGAUCCCAAAUUGAAAUCGCUUUUGCAAAUUAUGGCAUGCGGGGUUUGUAACAGAGACAUAGUCUAUUUCACCUUUAACGAUGAUCAGCUUGCCAAAGAAAUAUUGGAGAUGAUCAAUUUUAUUGUCCAAAAUGCGAUUACUAUUGGUCAGCUAUGGAAAUAUUUAUGUCGGUUUUCGGACACAAAGUUAAAACCUAGUCGUUUAUACACCUUUCUACAAUACAUACACGAAUAUUCCGAAGAGGAUUUUCAUAAUUUCACAGACAAACAUUUGGAAAAUAGAAUUUCCAAAAAUGUUCAAAGAAGCACCUUAAAAAGCGAUGAAGUGGUUGAUGAAGAUUGUUCAAUAUUAUUUAUGAAUCUCUUUCAAAACUAAGUGUCAAUAUUAAUAUUUUGUUAAUUACUUUUAUGUUAUACUGAGUGCAAUAUUAUAGCUAAUAGCGUGUAGAAUAUACCUGUGCCUACAAUAUUCGAUUUGUUUUGGUUAUGAUGUUUUUAUGUAAAUAGUUGAAGUACUGCGUUUUUGUGAACAAUACAAAUAAACCCAAUGGUAUGUAGGCUGACUUAAAGCAGUGAUCCAAAAAUAAACGUGCAACCGCACUCACAGACGAUUCAAUACUGAGACCCCCACUCCGUAUUUCGGAUGAGCAACAUACAAUGGAUAGGGUGAGCUACACGGAAACUUGAAUCCUAUAUGCCUUAAAUGCUGUAAAUCAAAUUAAGAACAAUUUAUACUAUAUGUACUAUUAGGUACUUUGUAUGCUAGAUGCUGCUAUUAUUGAUUAAACAAUAUAAAUAAUUAUUAAACACGAUUCCAAGAGACAUUGUUCAUAAUAAAUA